AUCAUCUUACGCUGGACAGCUUUUCCCUCAAUCUCUCCUGCCAUCUAUAGAGUAGACGAGGGGAGGACGGGUCGAAUAUUGACGUGCACCCUUUCAGUGCAGUGUGAAUAUGAUGCGGCAUUAUAAAAGCGCGAGGAGAGCCCAGUCGUUUUUACUCUCCAUAGCAACGACCUCUGCAUCUAGCUCUGAAUGCGCACAUGCGACCUGAUAUUGCUUAGUCUGCUUCCUGGACGUCGGAAUCCGCAACAUUCCCUUGUAAUGAUUACUGUACAGUCUAUCGGAUGGGCCGGCUGAACAGUGUUGCUACAUUACGGAUAAUUUGAGGAUGGUGGUGGUUACCUAAUAAGAUGAACUGGACGGCUUAAAUGAGACAGGAUUCGGUGCUCAACUUAUGAUGAACGGAAUUUGUGACAAUCAACUUACUUUCAUACAUUCUUGACUGUUCAAUUAUCUAUUACAAUGUUACAAAUCGGAGAUGAACUGGGCUAUUUUAUAGCUGUAUUUCUACUGAUUAUGUUUGGUGCUCGGAGCGCAGUGGGGGCGUCCGUCGUAACUGCAUCGCUUUAUGUCUUCAUCGUGAUGUUUCGGUUCCCUCAAGUGCCCACUGACCAGGCUAGCAGGGUAUUGAGGCCCAACGCGCCCGCAAGCGCCGGGGUCCCCGUGGUGGCGCGCCGUGGAGGUGGACACGAUGCUCCUGAGAACACUCUUGCAGCGAUCCGAGAGGCCAGCAGGAACGGAGCCACUGGGGUGGAACUGGACCUGAGUUUCACGGCCGACGGACACCCGGUCCUGAUGCACGACGACACUGUGGACCGCACCACCAACGGGACCGGGCUGGUGAGCAAGCUGCAGCUGACCGAACUCAGGAAGCUGGACGCUGCCUCGGGACACAGGCUCAGGGAGAGGUUCAGGGGAGAGAAGGUCCCAACACUGGAGGAGGCUGUGGAGGAAUGCGUCAAACACCAGCUGACCAUCAUCUUCGAUGUCAGAGGUCAACCUGAUAAGGCUGCCUGGGCGCUCGGGGAGAUGUAUAAAAAGCACGCCGUCCUUUACAACUCCAGCAUGGUCUGCUCCUUCGAGCCCAAAGUCAUCUACAAGAUGCGUCAGGCAGACCCCCGGGUGAUCACAGCUCUGGCUCACCGGCCCUGGAGCCUCAGCCGGUUUGGGGACGGCACCCCUCGCACCCUGUCCAGCUGGGGCCAGUACUGGACCGAGGUCCUGGACGUGCUUCUGGACUGGGCCCACCACCACCUGCUGUGGAACCUGUGUGGCGUCUCCGCCAUCCUCAUGCAGAAGGACUACAUUUCCCAGGAUUACGUGCAGUACUGGGCCCAGAGAGGGGUGGAGGUGGUGGGCUGGACAGUCAACACUGCUCUGGAGAAGCAGUUCUACCAGGAAGCUCUGAAGAUCAGCUACAUCACAGACAGCCUGAUGGAAGACUGUGAUCCUCAUUACUGAGUCAGGUGUACACACACACACACACACACACACACUCAUAUAAAACAGGCAUCACUUGGUCAUCAGAGUAAUACCAGGUGUUUCUCUUGAGAAACUAAGAUAGUACUGCGUGCGUCUUUGCACUGGGACAUAACGGCCCCAUCUGGUAUAUGUGUCAGUAAAGCAACUUCUCUCAUGCACUUCUGUACAUGUUCCUACUCAUACCAGAUCAGAGAUCAAUUUGGAGUCUCCAAACUCGGCCUCUCUGCCUUUUCUGACUUACUACCUACCAGCAGCACUACCAUGACGCCUCUCUUGGCCGAAGAACCUCCAAAUACACAUUUAUUUCUAGCAUACAUAUUCUGAUACCUCGUACAAUGUCUAAAUUUAGGACGCGGAUGUAACAACAAACAUGUACCAUUGAUCUUAUUAAUUGUUGAAAUGUAAGCCUACAGGGAUGUAAGAAAGAAUGCAAAUUGAUAGGUGGGAUGUAAAUUGAAUUAAAAAC